AUGGCCGGUCCCGCUCCGCUCGAGCCCCGAUCCCAUUGGCCGGUCCAGCUCUGCUCGAGCCCCGAUCCCAUUGGCCGUCCCCGCUCCGCUCGAGCACUGAUCCCAUUGGCCGGUCCAGCUCUGCUCGAGCCCCGAUCCCAUUGGUCGUCCCCGCUCCGCUCGAGCCCCGAUCCCAUUGGCCGUCCCCGCUCCGCUCGAGCCCCGAUCCCAUUGGCCAGUCCCGCUCUGCUCGAGCCCCGAUCCCAUUGGCCGUCCCCGCUCCGCUCGAGCCCCGAUCCCAUUGGCCGUCUCCGCUCCGCUCGAGCCCUGAUCCCAUUGGCCGUCCCCGCUCCGCUCGAGCCCCGAUCCCAUUGGACGUCCCCGCUCUGCUCGAGCCCCGAUCCCAUUGGUCGUCCCCGCUCCGCUCGAGCCCCGAUCCCAUUGGCCGUCCCCGCUCCGCUCGAGCCCCGACCCCAUUGGCCGUGUCCGCUCCGCUCGAGCCCCGAUCCCAUUGGCCGUCCCCGCUCCGCUCGAGCCCCGAUCCCAUUGGCUGUCCCCGCUCCGCUCGAGCCCCGCUCUGCUCAAGCCCCGAUCCCAUUGGCCGACUCUGCUCCGCUCGAGCCCCGAUCCCAUUGGCCAUCCCCACUCCACGAUUUGUUCUUGUAA